CACACCGAUCGGACCGUCAAUUUAUAUUUACGUGCCGUCUGACGCAAGCGCAGUGAGUUACGCGACGAGGUUAUAAACGCACGUGUGCUCAAAAAUACCGAAUAUAAACAGUGACUCGAUAUCAAAAUCGAUUAUGGAAUCGAUACCAGUGAAUUUACAGGAGUUGUCUCCAGAAAGUUUUAAGAAGUUCCUCGAUUCAUUCGAUCAUGUGUUCUCGGAUUGUGAUGGAGUUAUAUGGACCAAAGACCCAUUUCCUAACGCUGGAAAAUUCUUCAGUUUGAUGAAAAAACAUGGAAAGACUGUCCACUUCGUGUCCAAUAAUAGUUUAAGAAGUAAAGAAAAUUAUGAUGCGAGGUUCAAAGCUGCUGAAAUUGAGAAUGGAUACGACUACCUCACUAUACCGUCCAUUGCCAUAGCAGAAUACCUGAAGUCAGUAAACUUUAACAAGAAAGUAUUCAGUUCGAGUUGUUCACAGACUAAUUUCGUGUUGAAUUCAUAUGGAUUCGAAAUUAAAGAAGGGCCUGAUGUCGUACCAGAUUACUACGAAGAGUUUGCCUCAUACUUGAAAGAUGAUCCAGAAAUUGGUGCUGUGGUGAUGGACUGUGAUUUCAAAGUGAACCUGCCGAAAGUGAACAAAGCUAUCACUUAUUUGAAAAGGCCAGACUGCUUGUUCCUUUGUGGGGCUACAGACAGACAUGUGUAUUUUAAGGGCGGAUAUAAACUUUUAGCAACGGGAGUAUUCUCCGAAAUGGUGCACGAGGAGACAGGGCGGGAACCUGUGAUGCUGGGCAAGCCUGGCAAGGCAUUCGGACAGUUCGCCAUGAAGAGGGCGGGAGUCACUGAUCCUAGCAGGGUGCUGUUUAUUGGAGACAUGAUCGACCAAGACAUCGCUCUAGGCAAAACAAUGGGAUUCAAAACCUUACUCGUCCUAACAAAUAUACCCAAAGAAGGAAUGUUAGCACAUAAGACUAUAAAGCCUGACUUCUAUGCCGACCAGCUCGGCAGUAUAGUGCCUUUAUUAGAUAAAUAAUUUAGAAUUAAUUAGUACUUUUUUAGUUUUUAAAUGUUUUUUUUUUUGCAAAAUGUUUUUUUUUGCAAAAUGUCUUUCUUUAGCAAGAUGUUUUUUUUAGAAUUUUACAUUUAAUGUCGAAAUCAGGAUUAGCAGUGAUAUUAAGCUAAAUAGCAAUUAAUGUACUUAAUAAUGAUUAAGUAUUUACAUCAAGAAGAUUUUUUAUUUAUUUUUGAGACAUCCUGUACUUAUUGAACAAAAUGUAAUGUAUGUUUGUACUUACACAAUUUUGUGAAUGCAUUAUGUGCAUUGAAUGCUUACAAUUAAAUCAAACUUGGCUGUUAUAUUGGAUAAUUAUUUUUUAUUACAUACAAAUUAUA